CUGAAAUACACUUGCUCAUAUCCAACAGUCGCAACAUUACCAUCGGCGUUUCCAAAUUUCCAUUAGACACUUCAGCGAAAAGAAAGGUUGGAUGGCACCAUGAUCGUAACGAAUAGAAGCAGGACUUUCUUUCAUCGGCAGUACGUUUUUUUAGCUGUUGGUUGUCUGCUUCUUGCUCAUCGUAUUGGGUUGGAUUCGUUCUUUACAGAGGCAGCACCAGACAAGUCGAGUGGUGGAAAUGAGUGGAGCCAUACAAACUAUCCCCCUCACAAUCGGCUCCGACAAAAAGAGGAAGGAUUUCUAUCGAAGGAUUAUGACCCAAACGUCGACAAUAGCAACAGAAAUAGCGGUGGUGGGGAAGGCGAUGACGAAAAUUUACUGAUUCAAAUUAUCGAAUCCGAGGUUUGGGAUACAACUGAGAAUAGGUGGAAGGGUGCUGCUGUAGGAGAUGGAACGGGAGGUGGAAAUCGAUGGACGAAUGAGAAGGGGCACCUUUCUCCGUCUCCCACCGCAAUCGUCCCACCAGAUGGAUUUGAAUUCUUGGGCGAAUGGAAGAUUGUUGUCAGUAGUAGCAGCAACAAUGGUAGUAAUAGCGCUGGUAACAAUGGUAUGGCUGGAGGUGGGGCAGUGGGAGGCGACUCCAAGGGAUGGGGAUACCAAUUUCAAUACUUGCAGCCACCAAUACGACGAAGAAUCUGGCUGAGAAGUUUGACCCCGAUAAAAAUGCCGCCCCCCCGGAAGCCAAAAUCAGGUGUCGGUAUACGGCCACCACCGCCAAUAAUUCCCAAAAAAACUCCGAUUCAAAAAGCGAAAGCACCGAGGACGACGAACCGAUUGACACGCGCCAUGCGACUCGUACGCGACGAUUUCAAUUACAAAGGCUUGGGUUUCAAUCUUUUCAAGUCCUUUAUUUGGCCUUCUUCGAUUGGAGUAGCAUUGAGAAUCCCACUCUCUAUCAAUUUCGAUACUUUUGAUAGGAAUCCAGGAUGGCCCAUCGUCUCCAGCAGCGCAUGCGUAUUCUACCCUCCGAUGGUGGCAGGUUUUUUGUCGACGAGCUUCCAUGUGGAAUGGAUCAAAUGGCUGUUCCUAUGUUCAUUAGGAUUGGUUCCUCGCUCUUUCUUUUGGAUUUUGUACCGAGUUAUCUUACCAGUAGUUUGGAUGGUUGUCUCUGUGGUCUCCUUUCCUUUACGAGGAAUAUAUUCUUUACCUCCCUGUCCCACCAAGCUACCCAGUGGAGCCUGGUGGACAGGAAGAAAUAUUGCGAAGCCCAAGUACAAUACGGAUUUGUCUGAACGCAUUGGAUGUUCCGUUUCUUAUCGAUGGUCCAAAAAACGAGGAUACGAGUGGCGGAUCAGCUAUUUCCAUUCAUAUCUACCCACCCUGCUUGUCUACCAACAACUUUUUUCCCAACUUCAAGAAAAAUUGGAAGGGAGCAUCAAGUCUGUCAGUAACAGCAGCAACAAUAGCAGCAGUAACAAAUCAUCUACCGUAGCCCCUUUGACAAAAGGCAAGAAAAACUGGUUAAGAAAACACUUCGCAUCGCUUGGUGUCAGUACGAGCGGCCCGAUUCCCGAUACUCCCCCAAUUUCUUGUUCGGCGAAUUUCAGUUUGAGUGGACUUUAUUGGAGCACAGGGAGAAAAUCAAAAAGAAAAACCAACAACAUCUCGUCAUCCAAUUCUGGGAUAUCUACCGCGACGGGAUCCAAAACAGCCGAGACUGGUUCGGCUAGUUUGAAUGAAGGGAACGAUGAAGACACUGCUUUCAUUGCCGACGAGAACUACAAAGAACUUGUACCACUUACAAAUACCAGGAUACGAACCAGUGUAUCAAAUCAAUGAAUUGAAUGGUUUUGUGACAUUUUAACUGAAAUCCAGUGGUUAAUGCGAAAAAGCAGGAAUGUGAUCGCAUUCCCAAUAUAGAGAUGUCAAACCAAUAUCCAGAAAAAUUCAUGUGAAGAAAGCUACAGUCCUAGAUCAGAAAACGACAACAUAGAAAUCAAUAGAAAAUACUAAUAAACAUAAAGGGAUUUU